CGAAUAGGUAGGCAGAAUAGAGCUGUAGAGGGUAAGGGGGCUUAGUUUAGGAUUCUCUCUCGCCUCUCUCUCUCUCUCUCUCUCUCUCUCUCUCUCUUUCGAUCGCCCGUCGAAAAUCAAAAACACUCUCGCUGUCGCGCGUAUUCUUUGCACACCUUCGCGCGCGAGGAUGACCGGAAGGACGUCGCUGGUGGAGCAGAAGAGGAUCCAGUGGGCAAGGGAAAGGGAAGAAAUGGCGCGUCUCGGAGUUAAUUGGGAAGCUCUGAAGCCGAGCAACUGCAACCGCACCCACAUUCGCACUUACUCGAACGACGUGAGAUUAUCGCCUGGGGAGACGAAGAACAAGACUUCCGUGCAACCAUUCCGCGCGACCGGACAUUACGGGAGCACCGUCAGCCUCAAGAGCCUGACAACCGAGAGCUCCGGAAACUGCAACGUGAAUCUCAAGUGCCUCGACUUCAAUGGCGGCAGUCUGAUUAAUCUCCGGGACCAGGUGGACGUGUCACAAAUCAGACGCAGAAGCCCAAGUCUGCCGCCGAUCUUCAACAAGGAGCAACAGCAGUACUUUUGCCAGCUGGAACAACAGCGAGAUUUCGGGGUGGAGGGGUCGCGUUAUCAGCAAGCGAGGCCGCAGAAACAGGAGCACCAUCGGCACCGAACCAACGACCGUCGCGGCAACCAGAAGGAGUCCCUUGAUCAUUACGGCUCGCCGGUAACCGAAGGGGAAACCUCCGGUUACGCGAGCGACUCCGUGGAUGCACCCUCGCAGGGACACGGAACGUUAGUCGGUGGCAAGACGGCCAGGAUGGAGAUGACGGAGAAGACGUGGCAGAAUCCUUAUUGCACCACGCCGGAGAGUUCACUGCCGCCAUCGAGGAGGCUCUCGCCCGGCAGGAUGGGGGAGCUCAACAGGCCGCGGUGGGGCAGCGUCUGGGGCCAAGACGCGGCGAGAGGCGAUCCGCCGCCGCCACCCUCGUGGCUGUCGAGAUUAGGACAGUCGAGCCAAGUUCUGGUGAUCAAUCACGACAGCGCCAGUAGCCCGGACAGUUCAACGACCGGCUCGACCGGCUCCGACAACAACAAGACGUAUCUUCGGGGCCAGAAUAUCCCGGUGGACGCGGACAUCCUGCAGGAACGCGAGGCGAGGCGGCAGAAAGCGCUGGAGCUGCAGAACGCGAUCAAGCAGCAGCUCGAGGAGAAGGACAGACAGAGGAAGGAGGAGAAGGAGCGUCGAAUGAGAGAGGAGAGAUUGGAGGACGAACGGAUCAAGCGAGAACGGGAGAGGGAGAAAGAGAGAUUCGAGGAAGAACAACGACGGGUGCGCGAGAAGGAAGCCGCGAAGCUGAAGAAGGCUCAGGCGAUGCGCGAGGUGCUGGAGACCGCGGAACGAUUGGCCCAGGAGGAGAAGAGGAGUCGCCGGAAGCGAGAAGAGCAGGCCGACGAGGACACCGACGCGACGCAGACGUCGUCCUCGGUCAGCUCGCACGCGACCGUGAACGACGACAAACAGGAUCACCGCUCGCAGACGCGAAUCGCGAUCGCCGAAUACGUCGAGGAGUCCGGCAGCCCGAAGGACACGAAGGAGAGCGAGAAUCACUAUCGCGAGAGUGAGAGGAACGACAAGCCGGAGGAGGUCGGGCUGGACCGGCGGGCGUCCCUCCAGGUCCCCGUGAGCAAGGACGUGGCGAUCGUGCUGAGCGGCAGGCUCGACGACGCGGAGCUCCUGAGCAGGGCGAACCUGCAGCUGGUGAACCUGGUGAUGACGCCGAGCCCGCACCGGUUCGACAACGCCGCGAAGGGCCUCUCGCUGGGGCUGAGCGCGAUCAUGAAGAACAACGCGACGACGACGAUGCCGAGCCCGAGACGCUGCUCCUCCCGAUCGGACCCCGCGUCGUUCGUCGUGGAGAAUCGGCUGUUGACGCCGAGCAAGUACCGGACGUCGUCCGGACGGGACUUCGGCACGCAGACCGACGUGGAGCCCGACCUGCAGGAGCUGCGCGACAAGCUGCAGGAGUCGUCGAUCCAGGAGCACGGCGGCAACACGAAGGAGAGGAAGGACACGACCAACGCCAGCCGAAGAAACGUUGAAAAGUCGACCAACGUGGGCCCGGGUGAGGAGGUCAACAUGAAAGCGCUUCCACGAUCCAAGUCGCAGCCGAGAACCUCACUCGACGCCAGACCACGAUGGAACGCCAAUCGCCCAGGUACGCGAUAUCGCACGCAAAGCGAGAAGGACCCGCACUACCAGAGACGACUGAGGCUCGGAAGACGACGAGUCGAGUCCAGCGACGAAGGAUCCAGGUCGCCGUCCCCGGAUCGGCGGAAAUCGACCAACUGCAAGUCCAAGAGCCGAAACGCGAUGAGACGCAAGGCGAAACUCGAGAACUACGACGCCGACCUGUCGAUGGACAGUCUGAACUCUGUGGUGCCACUGCGGAUCGACAAAAAUGGGAAGAUCAACAUCGAGGACUGUCGCCGGCACGAUCGUGCCGAGAAAGCGCGACCGAUGAACCAUCACGGUGAAGCAAACCGCGCGAAACGGUCGGAUAGCGAUAAUCCCAAUGUCUGGUGCGGGCAUGAGAUCUUAUCCAAGCUGUCGUCCUUGAAGAGCGGCCUGCUAAUGAAGCAGAUCGAGUGGGACUCCGAGCGAUGUCUGGUCUCACCCGCUGCGUCCGAGAUCUUUUGAGCGCCGGAAGAAUAAAAAACUCUGCGCGCCGUUGGAGCGUCCUUUUGUUUUUCUUUUCGUUUGCAUGGAAAGUGAGAUCGAGUAGAAUGUGCGAUCUGGGGGCUUUUUACCGUGAAACAACGUUCGCUCGUUCCACGAGGAUCGCGAGGGAAUCCCGUUGAAGAACUCAAACGUCUUUUUCUCUCUCGCGUUGCAGAUCUAGAUAAUGGC